AUGUCGGGAGAGCCUCUCAGAUCAGUGGCUGGCAAGUCCUCCCAUCCUCUCUGCCCCAGAGCCCCUCAGGUCAGUGGCUGGCAAGUCCUCCCAUCCUCUCUGCCCCAGAGCCCCUCAGGUCAGUGGCUGGCAAGUCCUCCCAUCCUCUCUGCCCCAGAGCCCCUCAGGUGCAAGGUCGGUGUGCAUCCUUGGUGCAGCCCCAGGAUUCCUGCAGGACCAGCCACGGCCAGGAGCAGCGUUGCAAUGGAGGGUGCGAGGCCAGGCAACAGCAGGAGCAGCAGCAGUAGUAACAGUCUGGAGCAGCAGGUGACCCAAGGCGGGAGGACCUACACUUGUGACCACUGCGGCAAAGUGUGCUCCACCAAGGCUGCCAUUGCCAGACACGUCCUCUCCCAUGCCAGCAAGACAAGGCUGAGAGGCAGGAGUGGCCCCGCUGAACACACUGCCACCCACACUGGUGGCAGGAACCACAAGUGUGACCUCUGCGGGAAGACAUUUGUCCUGAAGAGUCAUCUUGCCUCACACAUCCUCACCCACACUGGGGAGAGAAAGUUCCAGUGCCUGGAGUGUGGGAAAAGAUUUACCAUGAAGAGUUCCCUUAACACACACAUCCUCACCCACACUGGGGAGAGAAAGUUCCAGUGCCUGGAGUGUGGGAAAAGAUUUACCCUGAAGAGUAAUCUUAACACACACAUCCUCACCCACACUGGGGAGAGAAAGUUUCAGUGCCUGGAGUGUGGGAAAAGAUUUACCCGGAAGGGUUCCCUUAACACACACAACCUCACCCACACUGGGGAGAGAAAGUUCCAGUGCCUGGAGUGUGGGAAAAGAUUUACCCGGAAGGGUUCCCUUAACACACACAUCCUCACCCACACUGGGGAGAGAAAGUUCCAGUGCCUGGAGUGUGGGAAAAGAUUUACCUGGAAGGGUUCCCUUAACACACACAUCCUCACCCACACUGGGGAGAGAAAGUUCCAGUGCCUGGAGUGUGGGAAAAGAUUUACCCAGGAGAGUCAUCUUAACACACACAUCCUCACCCACACUGGGGAGAGAAAGUUCCAGUGCCUGGAGUGUGGGAAAAGAUUUACCCGGAAGGGUACUCUUGAGAGACACAUCCUCACCCACACUGGGGAGAGAAAGUUCCAGUGCCUGGAGUGUGGGAAAAGAUUUACCCGGAAGGGUACUCUUGAGAAACACAUCCUCACCCACACUGGGGAGAGAAAGUUCCAGUGCCUGGAGUGUGGGAAAAGAUUUACCCGGAAGGGUACUCUUGAGAGACACAUCCUCACCCACACUGGGGAGAGAAAGUUCCAGUGCCUGGAGUGUGGGAAAAGAUUUACCCAGAAGGGUACUCUUGACAGACACAUCCUCACCCACACUGGAAAGAAGAAGAGAAAACAUCCAAAAUCAUAGCUGUUGCAGUCCCCGGUGACUCCGGCCUCAGUAGAGCUGAAAGGCACAAAACUACAAAAUAUCACGACCUAAAAAGUGACCUGGGAACAACAUGGUCGCCAAUGGACACCGGUAUAAUACCAGUGGUGGUGUGGGCGACAGGGCUAAUGAAGAAAACCUGGAGAGCUGCCUGGAGGCAAUCCCCGGUCGCCCAAGUGCCCACGAGGUACACACAGCUGCGGUCAAGGGAACGGUCACCACGCUGAACAGAGCCCUCGGAUGCAAUGCCGGCGCUGCUGAGGGUGUGACCGCUAACACCAGGCUUGGGGCCCAUUGCACUCACCAGACAACAAAACAGGAAAGUGCAGAAAACGGGGAGAGAAUGUUCCCGUGCCUGCAGUGUGGGAAAAGAUUUACCCACAAAGGUAAUCUUAACACACACAUCCUCACCCACACUGGGGCUUGUACAAACUCAGUGCACCCUGAGUGUAGGAAGACAGAAGGAAACAGAAACAGAAGGAUCUGCUCUGAACCACCCUGGAGAGAGAAACUGCAGCAGAGGAUCACCCAUCAAAGAGAAGAAAUCUGGCAGAUAACAAGCUUCCUGCAAGACCAAAACCACACAAGGAACCUCCUCAAGAAAACAGACAGAAUGACAGGAAGGCGCAGCGCAAGCAACGGCCGGCCGGGCGGAAGACCGGCAGGGGCCGAGCCCCGGCCGAAGCCUUGGCACCACAGAUGAGGACAAAGACAAGAAAAUAAAGGCCAGAAAGAUGAAGAGGCAGCUUGCAGAAAAGCCAGGGGUGGUGUGCAGACACAUGGCAAAGACCUCAACAGAAGUACAAGACCCACCCGAGAAAGAAGUGGCCGAGGGAUGCUGCAGGCCACUGCUGGAAGACCCCACGCAGCAUCAGGCAGCCCCGGGGAUACAGACCACCACGGUUAAACACACAAGUAAACAACAACAAUGCCAGCUGUUCAACUUACACAGGAAGGUCUGCUGAGAAAGAGAGUGAGUCAAUGCAGCAAGUUUGAGGCUCCAGGUGUAGACAAAGCCCCAAGUUAACUCUUGCAUUAGGGAGGUGGACAGAAUAGUGGUGAAAGAUUGAGAAUACUGGUUAACUCUUGCAUUAGGGAGGUGGACUGAUAAGUGGUGAAAGACUGAGAAUACUGGUUAACUAUUGCAUUAGGGAGGUCAACAGAAUACUGGUUAAAUCUUGCAUCAGGGAGGUGGACAAAAUAGUGGUGAAAGAUUGAGAAUACUGGUUAACUCUUGCAUCAAGGAAGUGGACAGAAUAGUGGUGAAAGAUUGAGAAUACUGGUUAAAUCUUGCAUCAGGGAGGUGGACAGAAUAGUGGUGAAAGAUUGAGAAUACUGGUUAACUCUUGCAUCAGGUAGGUGGACAGAAUAGUGGUGAAAGAUUGAGAAUACUGGUUAACUCUUGCAUCAGGGAGGUGGACAGAAUAGUGGUGAAAGAUUGAGAAUAAUGGUUAACUCUUGCAUCAGGGAGGUGGACAGAAUAGUGAUAAAAGAUUGAGGAUACUGGUUAACUCUUGCAUCAGAGAGGUGGACAGGAUAGUGGUGGAAGAUUGAGAAUACUGGUUAACUCUUGCAUCAGGGUGGAGACAAUAGUGGUGAGAAAGUAAGGCCUCUUAUCAAAUUAUAUUGAGAUUUUUUGGCCAAAUAGGAGUAUAUAAAAUUUCAAUAAAAUUGCUAGCAAGAUCUGCCCCCAAGCUUGAAAGAGGCAGAGACAGCAAGGAAGUGGUUCUCAGAGUGGGGUGUGACGAAUAGACUGCAUCAGUAGUCAGUAGGGAGCUGUGAAAGAAGACUGCAGCAGUGUGUGGACAGAGAUGGCAGGUGGAAAUAGAUAGGCGUGUUUUGUACAGGGACUGCCACUUGUAGGUGUGAUGGCUUCCUGCUCCAGCUCUUGUGUUCUUGUGUACUACUGCUACUUGGAAGGCUCUGCAAUGGUGCCACCUUGUCCACUGCAACACACUUGUCCUCCAAUGUACGAUAAUGUACCAAGGUCCUUAAGAAUGGCAUUUAUUGAUUUUAUGAUCAUUAUUAUUAUUUAUUUAUUUUUUUACAGUGUCUCUCUUAAAUAGAAAAACAAUAAUAAAAAGUGUAAUAUAUA